AUGGAGGGACGUGUCGCCGCCGCUGAUCACUUGGAGCAAGCCUCUCAACAUGUCGUGGGCAUAAUCGAGAAUGAUCCUGGUGUUUUUACAGAACUGUUGCAGCAGAUGCAACUGAAGGGUCUUCAAGUUGAUGAACUCUACUCACUUGACCUGGAUGCUCUCAAUGAUCUUCAGCCAAUAUAUGGGCUAAUAGUGCUAUAUAAAUGGCGACCUCCAGAAAAGGAUGAGCAUCCUGUCAUCAAGGAUGCAAUCCCAAACCUUUUCUUUGCUAACCAGAUAAUUAACAACGCGUGUGCAACCCAAGCUAUCCUUUCGGUUCUCUUGAACUCUCCUGGCAUCACUCUUAGUGACGAACUUAAAAAGCUGAAGGAAUUUGCAAAGGAUUUGCCACCUGAGCUCAAAGGACUGGCUAUAGUCAAUUGUGCAAGCAUUCGCAUGCUAAACAACUUGUUUGCAAGAUCAGAGGUCUCUGAGGAGCAGAAACCACCUAGCAAGGACGAUGAUGUAUACCAUUUCAUAAGCUAUGUUCCAGUGGAUGGUGUCCUGUAUGAGCUUGAUGGGCUAAAGGAAGGACCAAUAAGCCUGGGAAAAUGCCCAGGUGGUGUUGGUGAUGCAGGGUGGCUUAGGCUAGCGCAGCCUGUGAUUAAAGGGCACAUUGACAUGUUCUCUCAGAAUGAGGUAAGAUUCAGUGUGAUGGCAAUCUUGAAGAACCGGAAGGAGAUGUACACAGUGGAGCUCAAAGACCUCCAGAGGAAGAGGGAAAGCCUCUUGCAACAGAUGGGUGAUCCUUCUGCGACCAGGCACGUGCCAUCUGUUGAGCAGUCACUAGCGGAGGUGGCAGCUCAGAUUGAGUCUGUGACGGAGAAGAUCAUAAUGGAGGAAGAGAAGUCGAAGAAGUGGAAGAUGGAGAACUUGAGGAGGAAGCAUAACUACGUGCCAUUCAUGUUCAAUUUCCUCAAGAUUCUUGAGGAGAAGCAGCAGUUGAAGCCCCUGAUAGAGAAGGCAAAGGCGAAGCAGAAGUCUCAUGGCCCCAGCGCUAGGUGA